AUAUAUAUAUAUAUUCAACUUCAGCUUCUUCCUCUAUCUCAAAACCCAUCAACAAUGGCUGCCACCUACCAUGUUAGAUCUUGUAGCUUACCAGCUCGGCUACACUCAACUGGUCUCAACCGUAUUCAGCAACUCCUCAACAUGCUUCCUACAGAUGAUAAAAGUAGCCUCUCGUUUCUCUCAGAGCUAUAUGAAUCUGUCUCUCAUCUCUUCAACGACUCACCAGCUUCAUUACUACUCCCUAAUCACUCCUCUUACACCCAUCUUCUUGAUCUUUCCCUUGUACACCUUGACUUGUGCUCCAAGCUAAGAGACAUCACUUGCCACAUCAAGGAUUGCCUCCGAGACCUCCGCUAUGCUUUCAGACGGAGGAGACACGGUGAAGAUUCCACGAUCCAGUGCCACGUCAAAGCCUUUAUCCGCUCUCGGAGAUCCAUUCACAAGGAUCUCGCUAAGCUACUCUUGUUGCUCAAACAAACCGAGCAUUCCUCCUCAGAGUCAACUCAUCCUUUGAUCACACUGCUCCGACAAGUUUGUUCCCAAACAUGUCUUACCUUUAGGACAGUAUUGUUGUCCUUAUCCUCACCUGUACCGAAGCCCAUGCCUUCCAAAUGGGCUUUAGUCACCAAACUGAUGGUCAAGAACGUUACUAAUACAAAUUCUCAAGUUCAGAGGAACGAGUUCCAGAUGAUGGAUGAGGAGCUACAAAGCCUCUCCAUGGCGAAAGAGAUAAAGAAGGAACGAAUCAAGUCUUUGAUCACAACCUUGGACAACGUAGAUGUUGCAGUUGAAGAACUAGAAUCGUCGCUUGAAACCUUGUACAGGCGUAUGAUACAAGCAAGAGUCUAUAUUUUGAACACACUCUCAAUGCAUGUAUGAUUUUAAUUAGAACUCCAUUCACUAGAUUCUCAUUGUGAAUGUAUACAACUUCACUCAUAUUUUUUGAUGAAACAUGUUAACCUUCAUAGAGUAAAACAAUAUAGGUA